UUCUCAGAGAGCUUCCUCCAGGGUGCCCCGUUUAGAAUCCAACAUUCCCGGUAACGUAAUGGCAGCAGGAAGAAGUUACGGUUACGCCCAUUACAUGAACACCAAGAUCUAGGCAUGAAUGGACUACGAUGUCGGUUCUCUCAUACACCCUAAGUAGAUGGGUACUACUUUGCAUGGGCGGCGGAUCUACAGCCGAAAGACAUGGAUCAUAUGUCAGAGUCAACCGUGCACUCCAAAUCCAUAGUAGGGACCAUGCAGCUGACCUGCGUAGAGAAGCCUCCUUAGGCUGCUGUGCUAGCUGCCAGCACAGACAAUGUAGUAUUGCUAGAUGGCACCAGGACCGAUUGAACGGGCCAAAUAUCCCAUCGUAGAAGGUGCGUCCAUUCUGGUUGUCAGACGUGAGGCGGCCAGUUGACAAAGUUGAACAAUGCGAGAAUACUGGCGCUGGCCUCGAAGACCUACCGC